CUCUUCGAUGCGUAUCGUAAAUUACAAAAUAUAAAAUAGUAAUCGCUUCGCAAGUGUUUCCUCGUUAGUCUCAACUUUGCGGUCGCGUUCGUUCGAAAAAAUUAUUCAAAACGAAAUUCGAGUGUAGUGUUUUCGUUGGAAUUUUUUUUUUUUAGUAACGCUUCGGUAGAGAAUAUUACUUUUCUCGCGGUUGACUAGUGUACCUAUUGGAGAAAAAAACACUAUUAUUUAAUUCAAAACCGGUUAUCUUGGAGAAAAAUAUACCUGUACGAAAGUAGGCGCAGCAUUUAUACUCGUGAGUUAUCUUAGGCGUAGUUACUCUUGACGCUCGUUCGUUUGCAUGAGUCAUUCGUCGUGUUAACUUUUUCUUCUCUUAUCAAUAUUUAACUAAGAAGGGAUAUCGAAAGUGAAUGAAAUUCUCAGACGUAUCAACUAUGUGAUUUACCAAGCGUCUAGGAAGGAACCAUGUUCAGCGACAAGCACGUGCUCAUAUUGAGCGGCAUAAGCGGUAUUUUGAAUCUAAUAACAUGCGUAGCUGUGGCCAUAACAUGGACGUACUGGAGCAACACCCUCAACACAUGUACUGGAAGCGGUAAUUGCGAAUGUGUAUUGUACGGUGAAAUCAGAGGUAGCAGUUUCGUCGGUGGAACUCCUCUAGGAUGCAGAACAGUUACCUAUACUUCGUUAGCAUUGACAAUAGUCAGCUUCGCGGUGGCCGCUGUAUACCUCAUUAAAAUACGUAAUUCGCAACCGGGAUCGCUUCAUAGAUCUGCCCAGUCUGAGGAAGCUAUUGCACAAAAGAGAUUCACGUGUCGAAACAAGCAAAGAUUUCCGUUAUUGCUUAAAAUUGUAGCUGGAAUUGUUACGUUGUUGAUGUUCGUCGAAGCCAUCACAUUGUCUGAAGGUUACUGGCAGACGUGUAACCAGUACAAAACCAUCGUCAACAAAGUGCUCAGAGCGAGCGGAGAUCUUUCUGAUUUGGUCAUGGAUCGAUUUUCAUGUUCGACGAUGUACGACUUCAUGGAUUUCCUUCAACCCGAUCCAAUACUCAGGUAUCCUUACACAACGCAGUAUUACUACCCUCGCCGUACCACCAGAAUAAAUACCGGAUAUAUUCUUCUAGCUAGUGUCAUAUUUUCUUGGAUUAGUGUCGCACUAUGGAGUGCCAUCACCAUAUUCGUAGGCUUUUGUAAAUAUAAAUAAAUUACCUGUUAUAUUGUAACGAAAAAAAAUAUACUUCAGUAUAAAAUAUUAAGUUAUGUACAAUAUAUAGAAAAUAAUUAUCACAACAUUAAAAAACUUCUCAUUA